UUUCGCAUUCGACCUCCAAACAGCGUGAGGGACGGAUACAUCAAAACAUUCAUAGGACACCCACACACACCCUCCCCUUGUUUCGAGCCCUCUUCGCCUCUCCAGUCCCGCCAUGGCGUCUGCUGUACCCGAGACGGAGGGGUCAGCGCGAAGCUCCCCACUGACACCGCUGAAGCUUGUCGGGCUGGUGUGCGUCUUCUUGGCGCUUUGCUUGGACAUAGGAGCCGUGAUGAGCCCGGCUUGGGUGACUGCCGACGACCAGUACUACCUGUCCUUGUGGGAGUCCUGCUGGAAGCCAGCGAGUAGCGAGAACUGGCAGUGCAGCAGCACUCUGGACUCAGACUGGCAGGUUGCUACGCUGGCACUGUUGCUAGGGGGUGGAGCCCUGGUGCUGAUGUCAUUCUUGGUUGCUCUGGUUGCUGUGUGCAUUGGCACGAGACGGCGGUUCUACGCGCCUGUUGCCUUCAUGCUCUUUGCUGCAGUUGUACUCCAGGCCUGCAGUUUGGUCCUCUACCCUGUCAAGUUCAUCGAGAGUAUCAACUUGAGGAUCUACCAUGAAUUUAACUGGGGCUACGGCCUGGCCUGGGGAGGCACCAUCUUUUCCUUCGGUGGGGGAAUCCUCUACUGCCUCAAUCCCAAGAACUAUGAGGAAUACUACUAGUGCUACCUCAUGUCUGGAACCCUCUGGUCACAUCUUCAGAGUCUGAGAGGUACAUAGGGACUGAAUAACAUUUCUAAUGUUCUGGGAAAGGGGGAGGGAGUGGGUGUCUAUUAACAGCUCGAUUCCCAAGAACUUUAAAGGGACACAUCGGACAGCCAGUAACUGUAUUAUCACAAGUUUUGCAUCCAGACAGUGAACCUAGUGGUCUGGAGCUUAAGUUUUUUGCCUCAAUCAACACUAGUGUCAGUGCUGACUCUAAUGGAUAUUCAGACUGAUAAGCCUCAUGUUAGAUGGUGCAUCUUGGGACAGAUGAGGUAGGGGGCUUACAGGUUUAUUCCCAAGGCUCGUGAUACAGUCUAAGGAGAACUGACAACACUACGGUAACAAAGGACUCAGGUUACCAGUGUUAAUACCUCCAUUCUGAAUUGCAAGAACUGCUAUUAUGUCUAUUAACUUUUCUGUUUGGAAAAGCAGGAUGUCAGACUGACACUUUUGCCAGUUACACAUGGAUGCGCAUGCACAUACACAGGCAUAGGCAGCAUAUCUUUAUAUGUAAAGAAACCAUCAGAAACCCUCAAGAUCAUCAUCAUCAUCAUCGUAAGUGC